CUUCGCAUCCGCGUCUUUAUACGUCAACCCGGGCAGCGGAGGGAAAAUGCGUCUGAACGUGAACUUCCACUUGUCCCUCCGUGCAAAAACAGUGCGGUGUCCCUUUAAAAGCGUCUGACAAAAAGCCCAUAUGAUCCCCGAGCUCCAAUCACCAAUUCCUUCUGCAAAAGCAGUCUCUGCAUUUUUGUCUGUCUGAACGCCACAGCUACACUCUUGAGGUGGGAAAAGAGACAGAGGAAAGGGCGAUAAAAAAAAAAAAACUGCAGAAAUGUGACAAUCCAACGAUCGUUUACAUGGCGAGGGGGAAACCGCAGCGAAAGGAGUUAUUCUGGGACUCCUUGGAGCCUCGCAGCGCUGGAUCAAAAUGCUCAUAGUGGAGAAGACCACAGACUUCCCCUCUGCUGAGUUUUCUCUAGUGGAGGAUGUGGCUCUGCACUUCACCUGUUUGAUGGACAGGCUGAAUGAGCAGCGCCUCUUCCAGCCUGACCUUUGUGACGUGGACAUCGUGUUGGUGCGCCAGCGCAGCACUUUUCCUGCCCACAAGGGAGUACUGGCAGCCUACAGCCCCUUCUUCCAUUCUCUUUUCGCCCAAAGCAAACAGCUGCGGCGCGUGGAUCUGUCCCUGGAUGCCCUGACUUCUCAGGGCCUCCAGCAGAUCCUCAACUUCAUUUACACCUCCAAGCUGCUGGUGAGCAGCAGCACCGUCCGGGACGUGUUGAACGCUGCCACCGUGCUUCAGAUGAGUGACAUCGCGGCGUCCUGUCGAGAUCUCCUCAGCAGCCACUCGCUGAGAGCCACCUGCAGAGAGAUGGCCAAUCAGGAAGGGUUUGACCCAGCUGAGAUGCCUCCCUGCCAGCUGUACCGGGAGAUCAAACAGGAGUCUGAGCUUGGCAGGGUCUACACGAGAGAAGGCAGCAGCCUGUUCUCCAUUAGAGUGGAGGAGGUGGGAAAGAUUGCUGCCCAGACAAAGCAGUACUAUCAGAAAGAGGAGGGUCCCGGAGGCGGGGCCAGCACGGGUGUGACCACUCUCUGUAAAGUGGAGGGCGGCGGAGAGGAGUCAAAACCAGCGGAUGGUCACACCUCCUUCAACAGAGAUCAGAUCAUUGUUGAAGUCAACCUCAACAACCAGACCCUGAACGUCUCAAAGGGAUCCGAUGGAAAAUCUUCCACAGUCAUAGAACCCAUGUUUGGCCAUUGUCAUGAAAAUGAGAGAGACUCUGAGGGUGAUGAGGACGAUGAGAUGGAGAAUGGUGACGGACAUGAAGAGGAGGGCGAUGAAGAUCUAAAGAGGACAGACAUACUGGGGCAUAACAGUGGAGAGGAAAAUGAGGAGGAGGAGGAGGAGAACACCCUAAACAUUCCUGGACUGGAGCAGCCCACCAUAAUGGAUCGACCUCGCCGGGGAACCAGAGCCUUAGCCGUGGUGGGCGCCACUGCUAUGCGUCAGACGCUCGCAGAGGCCACCCUGACCAAUCAGCGACAGGGCGGGAAGAAGGCACUGGAUGCAGAGGGCCUAGGUCAGAAGGUCAGGCUGGAGGAAAAGCAACACUUCCCGUGUAAAAAAUGCCCUCGCAUCUUCAACAACCGCUGGUACCUGGAGAAGCACAUGAACGUCACGCACAACCGCAUGCAGAUCUGCAACAACUGUGGGAAGCGCUUCCUGUUGGAGAGUGAGCUGCUGCUGCACCAACAGACAGACUGUGAGCGGAGCAUCCAGUGUGUGACCUGCGGAAAGGCUUUCAAGAAGCUGUGGUCGCUGCACGAGCACAACAAGAUAGUCCACGGCUACGCAGAGAAGAAGUUCUCAUGUGAGAUCUGCGAGAAGAAAUUUUACACCAUGGCUCACGUCAGGAAGCACAUGGUCGCCCAUACUAAGGACAUGCCGUUUACCUGUGAAACGUGUGGAAAGUCGUUCAAGCGCAGCAUGUCCCUGAAGGUCCACUCUCUGCAGCACUCAGGAGAGAAACCCUUCAAGUGUGAGAGCUGCAGCGAGCGCUUCCAGUACAAAUACCAGCUGCGUUCACACAUGAGCAUCCACAUCGGACACAAGCAGUUCAUGUGUCAGUGGUGCGGAAAGGACUUCAAUAUGAAGCAAUACUUUGACGAGCAUAUGAAGACGCACACUGGAGAGAAGCCGUACAUCUGUGAGAUCUGUGGGAAGAGCUUCACGAGUCGGCCCAACAUGAAGCGCCACCGCCGCACCCACACCGGAGAGAAGCCGUACCCCUGCGAGGUGUGUGGUCAGCGCUUCCGCUUCUCCAACAUGCUCAAGGCCCACAGGGAGAAGUGCUUUCACGUCACCAACCCUAUGGUGGUCCCAAACUGCGGUGACCCCCUCAACCUCAACCUGCCCCUCGUCUCCCCUGCCGUGGACUCUUCUGGUCCAGCGCAGCUGGGAACGCCAUCCUCCGCCGCCACGCCCUCUGCCGCGUCCAGCCCACAGCUCCUCCACAGCACCCAGCUGCCUCUCUCUCUGCUGCACCCCAUGGGCGGGCUGGCUACUGCCUCACAAUUACCCCCACCACCUCCCUUGUUUUCUGCUGGUAGGAUGAACUCCAACAACUAACAAAUUUCUGUAGCAUUUAAAGCACUUUGUUUGGCUUCUUCUUGUUUAAGAGCAGACUCACAGCGGGAGAUUGACAUUUACACAAAAGACAAAACUGAAAAAAAGGCUAGACAUAGACCUCGUAACAGACUCUUUCAUCUGCAUAAAUAAGAAAUAGUUAUUUUUUACUCAGCUAAAUACAGUAUAUAACCUCAAAGUCCUAUCCAAACUUUUACACCACACUUAUAAAUCCAGAGUUUUGCACAACAAAUAGAUUGUAACAUCCUUUACCAAAUAACUGUUACACAUGGUCAUAAAAGAUGAGAGUAAAAUAUUUUUGUUCUCUGCCAGGAUGUAGCGCUCAGUUUCAGUCUGACCCAGCAAUAACCAAACGCUCAUUUUGACUUUGAACAUGUAUUCGUUUGUGACGUCACCAAUAACCAAACCUGUAGCUCCGUUGCUAUGGAUAAGUAAUGUAAUAUAGCGUUUAUAAUCGAUCCUGCACCUUACAUUUGCCUCCUGUGACAUUUGAUAUGUGCUCCUUUUUUUUUUGUUUUUUCUGGUUGUGGUUGGGUGAUUCGUGGCUUUAGUUUCAAAAGACAUUAGAGAGGUUAUAAUGUGUGUAGUGGAGUGAGUGUGUUGUUUUUUUUUUUGUUUUGUUUUUUUUGUCUGUAUUGGUGUGUUAGAGUGAUCUGUGAAGCAGAGCCUGGAACUGAGAGUCUUCAGAACAACAAAUUCACACUUGAGCUUCCACAAAGUCAGCAGAUGAAGAUAUCCGCGACUCUUAUGUUUGGCUUCCCUUAACCAUCCCAAGUCUCUUACAGGUCUGACUAUUUAUGUACACUGUCUUGCAGAACCAUUCACUCCUGUUGAACUUUUUUUCACAUUUUGCGUUGCAACCACAAAUUUUAAUAUAUGAUUUUUGUUUAUUUGAUAUUCCAACACAGAGUAGUGCAUGAGUCUGAGGCAGAAGGAAAAAAAUUGUGCAUGAUUUUCUCAUUUUUUUUACUCUUGCAAAAAGGGUUUUUUUUUUACUUAAAGCCUUGUUCAACCACAUCUCACUGUGGUUUCAGCUGAAAGUCUU